UUCCGUUUGUGCAUCCUUCGAGCGGCUCUUGCGCAACCGGUGCCGCUUGGAGGACGUUUUAGACGCUUUGGACGUUUUCGAAGACAGCGAGGAAGAUGAGAUGGACGAAGAUGGGGAAAGCUUUGAUGCUGGUGGUGCUGCUGCUGCUGCUGGACUGCGGGAGUUUGUCGAAGGAUGGACGUUGGCACAAACGCUCGGAGAAGGAGCUUAUGGAGAGGUCAAGUUGCUCAUAAACCGACAAUCGGGCGAAGCGGUCGCGAUGAAGAUGGUUGACCUAAAGAAGCAUCCGGACGCCGAAAGCUCGGUCAAGAAGGAAGUGUGUAUACAGAAAAUUCUCCAACACCAAAACAUCCUAAAGUUCUUUGGCAAACGGACGCAGGGUGACAUUGAGUACAUAUUUCUCGAGUAUGCAGCCGGUGGUGAGCUUUUCGAUCGAAUAGAACCGGACGUUGGGAUGUCACUACCAGAAGCGCAGCGAUACUUCAAUCAACUGUUAGCCGGCGUGGACUAUCUUCAUACCCGGGGUGUUGCACACCGUGAUCUGAAGCCGGAAAAUUUGCUGCUAGACGAGCAUGACAAUGUGAAGAUAUCGGAUUUCGGGAUGGCCACCAUGUUUAGAAUGAAGGGCCGAGAACGGUUAUUAGAUAAAAAGUGCGGAACACUGCCGUACGUGGCACCCGAGGUGCUGGUCAAACCUUACCGAGCAACACCGGCCGAUUUGUGGUCUUGCGGUAUCAUCCUAGUUACGAUGCUAGCCGGAGAAUUGCCCUGGGAUCAACCGUCGUCCGGGUGUGCGGAGUAUCUCUGCUGGAAGGAGAACAAAUACACUACCUCAACGCCCUGGUGCAAGCUGGACACGCUUACGCUUUCGCUGUUACGAAAGAUACUGGUAGCAAAUCCUGCCCAACGGUUAACGCUGGACAAGCUGCAGGACCACAAAUGGUGCCAGACGCAGUUCCACCUGCAAGGGAUUGCCGAUAUAGGAAGCAACAAUGGUGGGGUGGGCGGUGUCCACCACGGUGCUGCUGGCGGCGGAGGCUGUGAUGUGCUCGACGGACGACCAUCGCCACGCGCGAAACGACUCUGCUCGAAUCAGGACAUUGCGAGCCCGCUGGAUGAUUCCACCUCGCGCAUGUGCCAAUCGCAACCCGUACCGAUAAUCGUCCAUACGGAGGUGAACGGGGUAGAGGAAGCGAUCGAAGCACGUAACGGGUUCUGCUUCUCACAGCCAACCAUGCUGGACGAUCUCAUCCUCUGCACGCAGCUGAAUCCGACGCAGAGCGUCGGCACACAGCAACAGCAGCAAAAUCCGUUCCAGCGGCUAGUGCGCCGUAUGACGCGCUUCUUCGUCUCCACACGAUGCGACGAAACGUUGAAGCGAUUGUCGGCUGCACUGGAAAAGCUCGGCUAUAGCUGGAAAUCGAAUGACGAAGGUGUGAUAACGAUUUCGACUAUCGAUCGGCGAAAGCUACAGCUUAUCUUUAAGGCAAACAUUGUGGAGAUGGACGGGAAGAUUCUGUGCGAUUUCCGGCUGUCAAAGGGAUGUGGUUUGGAGUUUAAGCGGCGGUUCAUUAAAAUUAAGCAAAGUCUGGCAGAUAUCGUCAUGAAGGGGCCCGUUACGUGGCCGAUUGCGAUCGCGACCAACUCUGUGCCUUAA